UUUCUGCACUGUCCUGUGUUUUAUACAUCUCUGGUACCACGGAAAUUCAUUUUUACCGCCAGGUGACUUCUCGCAGAUUCAGAAACCAAGAUGGCUGCGCCCAGGAAAAGACGGGCUGAAAAUUUCAGCAAUCAAGAGCCCAAAAAAUCCAUCCCAGGGCCAACAAAUAUUAAGCAAUUCGUGAUAAUGAUUGUGCUAUAUAUCUGUAGAAAGUCCCUGUUCCUUGAUACGAAGUAUAGGAUCGGUAUUUACCUGAUAGGGACUAGUGCAGGCUCCAUGAUUUUCGAUGUCUUCGCUGCACCCGGUUCAGGUUUCUCGAGAAAAGACAGUUUUCUAAACGUGUAUUUCGCCAAAUUCUCGUGGGGCUGGACUUUCCUGCUCGUUGGGACAUUCGUGUUUCUGACAAGCCGGAUAUACUGUUGUGGGGAGAUAAAGCUAGUCAUCAAACACCUGUCUCGCCUUUUGGUGGGGACAGCCUUCUGGUUUUUCUGGACGACAGGUUUUCAACAUGUCGAAAACGCUACAGGAAUGUGCACAUCCACAAAGUUCUCCGACAAGAAGUCAUGUUCUCAUGGCGGUCAUAAAUGGUUUGGUUUCGAUACAUCUGGACAUGCUUUUCUACUCAUUCACUGCUUGCUAAUAAUCUCUGAGGAAGCGAAAUCUUUUCAAAAUUGGGACAAAAUUCCAGUGGCGAUAGAGGAGGAGACGGAUCGGCCACGCCUGACGGAGAUGCAAUUAUCAUCGGCGCAGAUAUCAUAUGACGACUUAUCGAUUUACGUGAAGUGGUCAGUCGUUUCCCUUACUAUUCUUACUGCAUUGUGGGACAUCAUGCUACUCGGAACUAUCAUGUAUUAUCAUUCUAUGCCUCAAAAACUACUCGGAGCGUGCUUUGCGAUAUUGACUUGGUUUGUGACGUACCAGUUCUGGUACACAAUACCAGGAUGGUCACCAGGACUUCCAGGCCAAGGACUCCUGAGAUAUCACUACAUCAAGUGAAUAGCAACACUGCUAAGUUAGUUGCUGCAAGUUCAUGCUGACUGCGAGCUGAUGAUGCUGAUGAUAAAGUCUUGUUGGAGCCAUUGCUGCAAGAUUUCCUAGGAUUUUUAAAAAAUUUCAUCCUUGGAGGUUGUAAAUCUACUUUGUAAUGAUGAGACAAGUAAUUUAAUGUCUGUACCAUAGGGUUUUGAAAUGAAUGUAAUGUCCAAUCAACAGGUAACAAAGGGUUGUGAAAUAAAUAUCCUUUGAGAUUCUGACAAUAAAUUCUGACAGGUGUGAAUACGGCGGGUUAGUGAUUUAAAGUACUUAGAGCCAGAAUACACUCAUUGAAAUUACCGGAAAGCAUUGUCCCCUAUAGACAACUUUGUGUAACUCAAUCUGCCUCAUGCCUAUAUAAGCCCUUUGAUGAUGUGUAUCUAACUUACUAUUGAUGUUUGAAUUAAGUGUGAUACUGUUUUUCUAAUCAUUGAUGUUGUCAUGCAUGGAUUUUCUGCAUGAUUUUCUGCUUAAAUUGUUGUACUCAAUUAUUGAACAAAUUUUAGGACCCAAUCUCGGUGAAUUAUAAAGGGUAGAUAUUUAACGGUGCCAGUUCCCUGUUGUCAGUAGACUCCUGAGCAUCCUGAUCGCCCUUCCUCGACAUGCUGAGGCCGGGUGACAGGAUGAGGCCGGUCCACUGUGUCUGGAGUGUUUGGCUGUGGGACCCAGAGUAGGGAAAUACUGACUCUUGGUGGGUGAAGGUGUACACUCCUUGCAUUUAGUCAAUUUUAGUCAUUUAAUCUAAUCAUGCGAGCAAUUUUUAGUCAAAACUUUGGCUUACAGAGAGUUUCGUCCUUGAAGAAAAUAUUUCAGUGGGAUAUUCCAUUGUACUGCUCUUUCAGAACCUGUUAUACUCAUUUGGUUGUGUUUUUGUGAUGAAAGGCUUUUAAUUUCAUUUGUUGUACUUACCUGGUUGUUGCCUAUCGAAAUUGUAGUAAUUAUAGUGUAGUUCAUGGGAUUGUUGUUAUCUGUAACAUUUGGAAAUAAAUAUUUUAUUGACUACCAUACUUU